CUUUCUUGACCAAGUUCUGUGUGCCACACUGCACCACACCAUGAGGUAUCCAUGUUCUGUAGGCGGCUGGAUUUCUUCGUAGUCAGAUCCCUGCAGAUCCGGGAUUCAUUCUCGACAUUCAUACCUGCGAGUACCCGCUUAUUUUCCGUCUCGCAGACUCGAAGGCGGGUAUUCAGACCUUCCGUUGGACAGACUGCCGUUGUCAAUUACCUGAAGACUCACAAUGUCAUGGUCUCUGCCCGUCCGGGUGCAGGAAAAACGGCGACUGCAGAGGCUGUAGUGCAGGCCAAUCCCUAUACCCCAAUAACCGUUAUCACAUACUCGAAGCGGCUGCAAGUGGAUACUAAAAAACGCUUGCGAAGAUACCCCCUCGUCGAUGUCUUCACUUUUCAUGGGCUGGCAUCGCGCUUCUUUGGAUCUCUCAUCCACAAUGAUACCCUUUUGGCUAACAUACGCAGGUCAGCGAUACCUCCGACAUGGAUUGACAUUCCACGAUAUGAGAUUGUCAUUUUGGACGAACUGCAGGAUCUUACGGAGGACUUGUAUUGGCUUACUUGCGCGUUUAUCACCUUUUUAACGCGAGUCAGUGGUCGAGCCCCUCAGCUCCUCGUGUUAGGCGAUCCACGGCAGGCCAUUUACGACUUCCGCGGGGCCGACCAACGCUACCUAGAGCUAUCGUCAGAUACUCUAUCUGCCGUAUCACCAUAUGAAUGGAGGAGUGCUCAACUCAGUCAGAGUUUUCGUCUCUCAUGCGAAACGGCCAAUUUCGUUAACAAUGCGUUUCUUGGCGGAGAACCUUACAUACAAGGUUCUCAUACAGGUCCCAAACCGCUGUACAUACACGGCGAUCUUUAUCGCACUGCAGAAAUCCUAGAAUAUAUCUAUCCACUCAUUCGAAAAUACGGACACAAAAACACCGCUAUCCUAGCACCGUCCCUUCGCACCAACGGAAUCGUCAAACGCAUCAUCAACACACUAUGGGAACAGUACAAAAUCCCAGCUGCGCAUGCGAUAUCUGAUGACUUGAUGGGGCUCGAUGACGAUGUCACCCGUGGAAAGAUUAUUCCAUCCACCUAUCACCAAUUCAAGGGGAGCGAGCGCGACCUUGUCAUUGUGCUGGGAGCUGACAACUCAUAUUUUCGUCUUAUGGCCCGCGCCCUACGCAAUGAUCGUUGUCCAAAUGCAACUUUUGUUGCCCUCACUCGCGCCAGAAAGCAGCUCGUGGUCCUCCACAGUCACGAAGACCCCCAGAUGCCAUUCGUCGAUUGGGCGGCUAUUGAGAGUGGUGCAGAUGUCAUCAACCUAGAGGAUGAACCACUCAAGGCGCAAAACAAACCGGGAUGCCCUCCCCAAUUGGGGUUACAUUUACCGCGUAUCGUCCCUGCCACGGACGCGGCAAGACAUGUCCGGGAGGAAGCUCUUGACAGCAUUGUUCGCCCCCUCGACAUUAGGAAGGUCCAGCCAGCUCUCCCUCCCCUCCACUGCAUUGAUGCGCCUGAUAAAGUGCGUACAGACGCCGUGAAGAACCAUUGGGAGCCUGUGAGCGACCUCAAUGGCCUCACCGUCACUCUUGAUUUCGAAUAUUGGCUGACAGGAAAGGUGGUUGCAUUCAUGAACGACAAGCAGAUGGAGCGUCUCCCGGAAAAGAAAUCACUGGAGGACGACACCUAUCGUGCCAUAUGGCUGUCGAAGGAGGCCACACAUUAUGACGCGAUUACUUCGGGUUUCAGAUCUCGCUGGCAUCAGAUGCAGUAUAACGGUCACAAAUUUGAUUGGAUGGUUCCCCACCUUACGGUGUCCACUGAACGUCUUUCGAAGCAAUUCUCGGAGUACAAUCGUUCCGAGCUUGCCAGAGACCUUGCCAUGGAGGUGUCGCUAAAACUGGACCUGAGCAUUGACAGUGAGAAAACGGUCCUGACAGGCAGGGCAGAUAUGAUUCAUUCGAGGAAUCAAGGCCGGGAUGUGACGACGAUUUGGGAAGUCAAGUUCGUAACAGCGUUCUCCCACGAACAUGUCGUUCAGACAGUUAUCUAUGGAUACUUGUGGGCCAUGAAUCAUCAAAAUGAACCAUUUCCUCGCCUCGUUCUUUACAACGUAAAAAAUGACGAGAAAUGGGAAAUCCGCACGACUCUUGACCAGGCAAAGCAGGUCAUUGUAGAGGUUUUACGGACGAAGUUCACUUCCAAUGGGCAAAUACCUACCGAUGUAUUUUUGAAAGGUUGUGCAAAUGUUCGCGAGGAAGUGGCGCAGCUAUGGACAGAGGGCGAGCACGUAGGUUAAGGAGAU